UCAGCUGCAGAUAAACCUGUUUCCCCGGCCAGUGCUGAUCACCGGGGCGUUACCUGAGAGGCAGGAUCCUCUUUCCGGAAGGGAGAGCGUUGUUGUCACCUGCUGGGAGCGCACAGGUGAGACGCGCGUCUGGCUGCUGGCGACUCGACCGAGACUCGGGAAAACACGCGCAAAUACUCGCUCUUUCGACGACAGGACUUCUGUGAGGCGUUUUUCUGCCCGUUUCCGUCCGGAUUAUUGGAGAUUAGCGACUGUGUUUGCAGGAAAGCGGGAGCAGAGGAUCGACAUGAGGCGGAUCGUUUGGGCGCUUUUGUUCCUCGGCGCAGCAACAGGUGCAAGCGGCUUUACCGUCACUACCGACACUCCAAAUGUGCGGGUGAAAGAGAAUGAAGGGGCAGACAUGAGAUGCUCAUAUUCUGCAGACUUUGGUCCAAACCCCAGACUCGAGUGGAAGUUCAAGGACAAAAAAGGCUCACAGACAUAUGUGGUUUUUGAUGGGAAACUAACAGAGUCGUAUUCCAGCCGGGUCUCUUUGUACAGUGGAAGUAAUCUGAGAUUCUCCAAAGUGACGCGUGCGGACAAUGGCGAGUACGCCUGCGAGGUGUCCAGCUCCAAAAGCCAGUUUUCAGAAGGGACUGUGAUGCUGACCGUUCUGGUGCCCCCGUCUGUACCCUUGUGUAAGAUCCCCCAGUCAGCCACGACGGGUAAGGGCGCCUACUUGUCCUGCUCCGACGGCGAGGGCUCCCCCCCUCCCACGUACAGGUGGUACAAGGACGGCACCCUGCUGCCCACCGACCCCACCAGGAUCGCUGCCUUCAGAAAUGCCACCUACAACCUGAACCCAAAAUCUGGAAACCUGGAGUUCUCAUCGGUUGCCCAGACGGACUCGGGGGAGUAUCACUGUGAAGCCGUCAACGACGCCGGUCCUCCCCAGCGCUGUAAAGCCGUGAGGAUGGAAGUCCGUGACAUGAACACUGGAGGCAUUGUUGCUGGAGUGAUAGUGGCUCUGCUGCUUCUGGGGCUGCUGAUAUUCGGUGUUUGGUAUGCCAACAAGAAAGGAUAUCUGCCAAAGAAAAGUGAAAGGUAAGAAUGUUUUUUUUUUUUAAGUAAUUCUUUGAUCUAUGAAAUCUAGACUUAAUUUAAAUUGCAUGCACAAACUGGAGAAAAGUGUGUGUGUCAUCUGUAUCCUAAAAUAAAUGUUAAACUAAUUUUACUUUGGUGUAAAAUAUAUGUGUAAAUAUAACAUUAGUUUAAGUAAGUUUUUACGGUUUAAAAAAUAAAAACAAUACUUUUUCCAACAAAUGUGUAACUUUUAUGGUUUUAAGUUACAUUUUCCUCUUAAUUUUAUUCCCUCCCUGUAGAUAAUGUUUACUCAGUUGUUUAUAUUUCUCCUCUCUUUCGUUCCUGCAGCAAACAGAAUUCCCACACGGUGUACCAGCCCACAACCUUGUAUGGUGGCGGUGACGAUGAAGAUGGGGAUUUCAAACAGAAGUCGUCGUUCGUGGUGUAAUCGACAAGCGGCAGUCAUUGAACAAAACAUCAAAUGUCCCUCAAUCUGUGACCCCCCCCACUCAAAAAAAAAAAAAAGGAAAAUCUUUUCCUUGUAAGUUUUUAUAGAUGUGAGAUAACUGAGUUGUUUGAAGUUUUUUAAAUGUGGCCUCUAAGAAGCAGCAUUAUGAGAUGUUUUAUGCCCGAUGAUGAUGCCUGUGCUGUACUUGUGUGGUUUUCAGGUAACAUGAGCUCCUUUUCAGCUUCUUACACCAAGUUUUUUCAACUCGGCAUUAAGAAAAACAAGUCCUAAAGAGAAUGGGCGCUCCCACUAUUUAGCCUCGCACAACCCAAACACACACAAACGGUCUCUGCUGGUAUUACAUUUAUGUCCAAUUGCCUUACUUGCAGCCAGCGCUGCUUUCUUAUCAGUUAUAUCAAUUAUUCAUCAGGCCUUUGAAGAGAUUAGAUGUGUAACAUUGAUGGAUUUGUCAGUCUGUUUAACCAAUCAGGCUUCGUUUACUUUUGCAUUAAAGGAUUUAUUCAGACAUGCCUGUGAUUGAAAUCGACAGAAUUACAAGCGUGCAUUAUUUAGAGUUUUUUGAGACUGGACAGUAAAUAUAACCACAGUCCUCUUAGAGACACGUUUUCUUAUAAGAGCAGAAGCUACUGCUUACACACUUUAAAUCACUUUUUUGUCCUUGUAAAAUUGAUUUUUAACACAACCAUGAAAGAAUUGGUUUAAAUGUCAAUUAGUGAAAUUAAACAGUCAAAGUUUGGGCAUUACUGUUAUUCAGUAAUGAAGGGAUCGCCCCGAUUCCCUCUAAGAAGCCAGAUUUAGCAGGCUUUGCUGUGCGUUCCUGUCUAAUCCCCACAGCAUCAGUUCGUACUUGUUUUAUGUACAAAUGUCACCGAGAACUAGCACAGACAUGAAAUGGACAUGACCAGAAACCAGAUUUGUGGGAAUUGGUGCAUGUGUGGAAGACGCUGAAGUGGUUCUUAAGACAAAAUCACAUGGCUUAUUGUUGUUUUCGUUUAUUCUGUCUUUAUUAUUGUAAAACACUGUUUUUUCUAUUAAAGAUUGAGAUUAUCUUUCCUGUAAAUAAACCUUUUUGUAGUAUUUAGAUCAGUUCAUUAGUUAAGUCGUCCUUGAGCUCCCUGAUACGUUUACUUUUUUUUUCUUAAAAAAAACUAAACUAAGCAUUUCCACCUCUUGCCUUUUUAUGUAUAUUUGUUUUCUUCUUUUCUUUUGAUGCAUUAUUUUUUCCAGUGAAGUGAACAGAUUUGAUUGCAGGUACAGCUUUUACCCAAUAAUGUCGCCUACCUCCAGACACUAAACAUCCCUUUGGUCUCUCAUCCUCGCCAUAUACAGAUUUCUCAGACCUUUCACUUGAAGUGCUCUGUUAUUGUCAGACAGGGUGUGCUAGGACUUUGUGAACUUAUUCGAAAUUUAAUUUGUGUUUUUUUUUUUUCCUUUUUUUUUUCUGUUGAGAAAUUUUAGAACGGAUUUUUAACUUUGUGUGUACAUGUAAUAAAAACUGUUAAUAAACGUCUGUGUUUGUGUCAUGUGGCUUUGAAAAAGUUAA